CCUGCAUCACAACCACCCGCGAGGUAAAGUAAAAGCGCUUAUUUAUACAACUAUGCCUCCCCGCUUCCAUACCCCUUGUUGUCUUAUAUUGGCAAUCUAGAAAAAUAACGAAAUGUCGGAAACUCAAGUGGUGACCUUGAUCGCGUCCCUGCGCCAGGCAGGGCUGUUUCCCAGCUCCGCACCCCUCAUCCCAGAGGACUUUACCCCGACGACAGAACUUCAGGUGACAUUCGGCGAAAAAUCAGUUUCUCUGGGAAGCCUGUUCAGAGUCAGUGAUUGCAAAUCAGCUCCGAAGAUAUCUUUUGCGGCCGAGAGAGACCUUGAAUCUCCACAGAAUUAUACCUUGCUUUUGGUAGACCCAGAUGCACCGACCCCAGAUGAUCCCAAAUUCGCAUACUGGCGGCAUUGGGUCGUUUCCGGAUUGCAACCGUCGGGAGCACCUGAAACUGUUCAGACUUUAACCGAGUAUCUUGGCCCUGGGCCUAAAGAUGAUUCACGCCCCCAUCGGUACCUGUUUCUGCUGUUCCGCGAGCCACAUGGCCUAUCACUUUCGAAGGAAGAUGUGGGAGGUGAAGAGUUUACCGCUCGGAGAUCGUUUAAGGCUGCUGAGUGGGUACAGCAGCAUGGACUGGAGCUCGUUGCUGUGAACUGGAUGCUAGGUGCAGGGGAUGGUUGGCAUGAGUAAACUGACAGUGUGUAUAGCAUCUUUGCCAUGGUCUCCUAGAUAGAUUAAAGUGCUACACUUCUUCUACUUUCUUUAGCUGCUCAAAAUCAAUCUCUACGCACAUGUCAC